CUUGGGUUUGGUAAUUUAGUUUUGGAAGAUUUUAACAUCUGAUAAUAUUACUUGUCAAAUUCUGGAACUGGGUGUGAGAAUAACUGAUUUCUUGCAGGUUCACAGAUUCCAUGCUGCCAAAUUUGAAUGGAACAUGCUUCUGGUUCCAUCCUUGUUUUGUGUUGUGGCCUUUCCACUUUAGAAGAGUUAAAAAUCUCUAAUUUCUGUGACCCACAGACUUCAAUUUGAUUUUGUCCUAGGUAGAUUAUCAAUGUUGAUAAGGCGGGUUUGUGCUCUGAAAAGCCUGCUUCCAUUUUUUAUUUGUGCUUCCUACGCACAGCAGGCGAAUAGCAAGAGCACUAAUUUUUCCUUUGCCUACUUUGGCCAGAACAACAGCCAGCAGCUCAUAUACAUGGGGAACGCUUCCAUUCCAGCCGACCAUGUUUAUAUCAAUCUCACACCUGAUCCAUACGCCACUUUAAAUGUCUCAAACGAAACGGCUUCAAAUGUGGUGUUUCCGAGAAUGAUUGGAAGGGUUCUGUACCGUCAGCCUGUCACGAUGUGGCCGGCGAGUUUCACCACCGUUUUCACCAUCUUCGUAAAACCCAAAGUUUUCAAUGGUGACGGUCUUGCUUUCAUCAUUGUCCCGAAUAACAAAAGCUUUUUACCAAGAAGCUAUGGCAGCAUGCUCGGCGUCUACGACCAGUCUACGGACGGAAACACGACUGGGCAACUCGCCAUCGAAUUCGACACGUACAAGAAUCGAUUCGACCCGGACAGCAAUCAUGUGGGCAUCGAUACUCGGGGCACCACAUCCGACUCAACCGCUGGUAUGGGAGAGCAAGGCAUCGACAUCAAGGCCGGGCGAGCUAUACAAGUCCGGGUCCAUUACGACGGCCGGGCUAAAUCCCUGCAAAUCUAUGCGCGCUAUGCAAACAGUUCUUCGCCCUAUGCGAGCAUUCUGAACCACACGGUGGAGCUCGAAAACACUGUUCCAAGAUCGGCGUAUGUGGGUUUUGCUGCAUCAACAGGGAAUUCCUACGAGGUACACAGAAUUCUCAACUGGAAUUUCAGCUCCGUGAUUUUACCUAACUCUUCUCUGAAAUUGCUCCCAGUGGGAACGGGAACGCCCGGAGGAUUCGGUACUGGGGUCAAAAUCGGCGUCUUGGCGGGAUCCAUUACAGUCGGGUUAGUUGUGGUGGGAUUAUUAGUCUGGUGGUUCGUGGUUAGGAAAAAGAGGGCUGCUUCAACUCUUGGGUACUUCAGCGGGGAACUGGCAGUGAUUCAAAACGCGCCCCACAGGUACCCUUACAGGCAACUUGCCGCCGCCACAAACAAUUUCAGCGAAGCGGAGCUUCUGGGAACCGGCGGGUUCGGGAGCGUGUACAGAGGAAAUCUUGGGGGCGGAGGGAACGAACCGGCGGCGUUGGUAGCGGUGAAGAAAAUUUCAGCGGGGUCAAAACAGGGGGCAAAGGAGUUCAUCUCAGAAAUCACCACCAUCGGUCGCCUACGCCACCGGAACCUAGUGCAGCUCCACGGGUGGUGCCACGAGCGCGAUGAGCUUCUCCUUGUCUACGAUUACAUGCCCAACGGAAGCCUGAACAAGUUUCUCUUCGACAGAACAGGGGCCACGCCCUUGAAUUGGGCGCGGCGUCACAGGAUUCUGUGCGGCCUGGCUUCGGCUCUACUGUACCUGCACGAAGGAUGGGAGCAGCGGGUCGUUCACCGGGACGUGAAGCCCAGCAAUGUGAUGCUCGACGGGGAAUUCAAUGCCCGACUUGGGGAUUUUGGUCUGGCCAGGUUUAUUGAGAAUGACGAUGCUACUCCUGAUGUGACGACCCGACUGGCGGGUACGCCCGGGUACAUGGCGCCCGAGUGCAGCUACACGGGCAAGGCCACCGCCGAGUCGGAUGUGUUCAGUUUUGGGAUCGUGCUGUUGGAGGUGGCCACUGGUAGGCGGGUGCUGGAGCGCAAGAGUCCAUUGGCUGAAGGGAAUUUGGUGGACUGGGUUUGGGGGCUUUAUAGCCAGGAUAGUGUUUUGGAGUGUGUGGAUCCCAAAUUGGAUGGGUCUGAUUAUGAUGCAGAGGAAAUACGAAGGGUGUUGAUCUUGGGUUUAGCGUGCUCGCAUCCUGAUCCACAGUUACGCCCUUCUAUGAGACGGGCCAUUCAAGUGCUCAUGAACCCUAAUGAAGAGCUGCCGCAGCUGCCUUCCACCAGGCCAAUGGCGAUCUAUGUUGUUUUGCCACCGGUUGGAGCUGUGUUUUCUCAGUCCACCUUGUCUAGUCUCGUGCCUGAAAGUAGCAAUGGAACCAUUACUACUUCAGUACAUAAUGAUUGAAAAAGAGAGUUUCAGAAGAUUCAAGUUAUCAUUAACAUAUGAUUCGGUACCUUUAAUACCACUCUUAAAUCAGCCGUCAGUUUUAACAUCACAUAUAGUGAGAUCUUUGUAAAAUAUGAACAAUCAUAUAAGACCGAUAUUUCUCACCAUAUGUUAUAAAGUAACUGGAUGAUUAUUGUAAACAUCUUCAAAAAAUAGUGUUAUUUUUAA